AACUCAGUAAUAGCAUGGCAAGGUGGUGAAAGCAACUCAUUUCCGACUUCCAACCUCUUCGCCAUGUCUCCCGCACCGAUCGAUGCGCCACAGGAGGACGUCUUCACUCAGUUGUUCAACCACCUUUACUCCACGUUUCAGAACGUGGCUGCUGCAGCGCAGGAGGCAAAGCACUCUUCGCCGCUGUCCAAAUCUGAUCGGCCUCCGCACUGCCACGCAGAUGGUUUCAGUUGCAUGCUGGCGCACCUCAUGGAGAGCCUCACGCCGGACUCGGCCAUGUGGCCUCACACACCCUCCGAGGCAGAUGUGGUCAUCGAACACUUGCGCCUGACCGCUGAAGCGCUUGCCUGGGGCGAGAGGAACGACCCGUAUCUCUUCAAGCUCUUCUGUGAGCAAAAGGUGCUGUCCUACUUCGUGGGAGCACUACUCACCUCCCGGACCGCGCCGUCGGUGCGGCUCCAGCUCCUGCAAACCAUGUGCAUACUUGUCCAGAACGUCCGCCGGGAAGCAUCGUUUUCCUGCUUGCUGGGCGACAGCGAGUGGAGCAAGCUUCUGACUGGCCAGCCGGAGCUUCCGAACGAGGAAUGCUUGGCCUACUUUGUAGCCCUGGUGAAGGGCCUGGCCCUGCGGGUGGACAACGAGACCGCUCCAUUGCUGCUCACGCACCAUCCAGUCCAGCAGCCUGGCCUGGGGGAGGCACGGUCCAAGUGCAUCUUCCCCCUCUUCCAGCAGGCCACUUCUAUGGCGACCCACAAGGAUCACAUGGUGCGAACCUCCGCCAGAACGGCCUAUCUCUGUUUGCUUCGGUUGGAGAACGACCAGGUGCGCAACGCUGCGAUGGAGGUGGCGCAUGCCCAACUUAUUCCACGACUGGCCGGCAGUUUGCGUGCUUCCUGGGCCUCCAUGACUCUGGCGGUGCAGCGUGGAGAGAGGGACUCCUUCCGUGCCGCUUUGGAGCUCGAGGAGGACACCCUGGCGCACAUCGGCGAGCUGCUGCAGCUCAGGAUGCCCGAGCUCACGGAGGCCGUCGCCUCCGUGGUGAUAUCCGGAGCGCUGCUGCCGCGGGUCUUCGGCAUCGCGCCACAUUUGAAGCCUCCGACUCCUCGGCAGUAUGUGGACAUCUCGCAGGAGUUCAAUCCCUUUGACGGGCAGGCGCCAAGGCCACCUCCAUCUUCCACUCCCUCCGAGAUGGCUGAGGAGGAGCAUGGUUCGUUGCCUCAGCUUCUGCUGGCAGAGCCUUGGCAGCCCCACUCCUUGCAGGACGAGAUCAGUAUGCCUCGCUGGCAAGAUAUGGACACCACCCAUCAGCCCCUGAAUUUCGCCCUGGCAGUACGUGCCAUCGUCGCUUUUGUGCGGGCCAUGCGUCAAGCAGAAGUCUGUGGCAUCGUGAUGCCGCUUUUGCAACUGCUGCUGUGGCCAGAAGUUCCCACUGCCAUCAUCACCAACAUCAAGGUGUUGGAGGAUGACGUGAUGAGCUGUGAGGUCACCCGCGCCUUUGCGGAGCUUUGUGCAGCCAGUGCCAUGGAGGAUUUGGCACUGACCACCUGGGCUGAGAGCGAGGCCACCAAUGCCGUCGCAAUGAGGUCUCAGUUCUGGCGUCAGCAGCUGCAGAGCAUGUCUGGCGUGCAGCUCUGCGGAAUCAAGGACCAGGCGUACAUCUCCAACCCGUUCCGCGCCGCCUUGCUGGCGAUGAUGGAUGGCUCCGGACCAGGGGCGGCCAUGUCUCCCCGGAGCAGAAUCGGCGCAGCUUCGAGCGAGCCUCCGGGCCCCUCGGCCGCUGUAGCAGCCUGGGCCUUCUGCGAGUUCCGGGCUGCGCUGUACCCAGAAGCUCUGGAGGACGUUGGGCUCAUGCCAAAGCCCAAGCCCAUCCGCAAGGCGGCCAAGCAAGAAUCCUUCGUUGGCGGGGCCAUCGCGGCAGGCCUCAACUGGUUCUGGGAUGACGCCACCCUCUCGGACCUUCAGACAGCUGUCAGCAGAGCAUGGAGUGGUACUUCAGGAUGUAAGGACGAGGAUCAGGAAGAGGAGGAGCCGAGGCCGCUCUUGGAGAGCUUCAUGGCCGGCCUCAGCUCAGAGAAUGGCCUGUCGCAGCGGGCGCAAGACGCGCUGGCGACUGCCAUCAUGGAGCUGGGGAGUGGCACUAAGGUCCGAGUGCUGGCACGCGUGGCGACAGACGCCUCCGCCUGGCUUCAGGAGUCCGCUGGUACGGUGCUGGCGUUGGCAGAGGGCCACAGGCCUUCCAAAACCGAGAGCCCCAGGUCUCUCACGGUGAGCACGGCCCAGUCUACGCCCUCGGCCAUGGCCCGGUAUACGCCUUCCCGCGAAGGCACCGCUGGCACUGCUGCCAGCAGGGAGGAGGCGUCCACGGCAGCGGAGACGCUGCUGUGUGCCUUCUUCGAGGAAUUGGAGCAACAUCAGAGAGAGCAUCAGAGUGAUGCAAGGAGGGAGUCCACCGAUCUGCUGAACAACGCCUGCGCGUGCGCAGACAGCUGGUUCGUCAAAGGCCACGAGUCAGCCAGGCAGGCGAUCAGAUCCUUGCUGACGCUGCGUAGACUUCUCAAGGAACUACGCUCGCAAGAAGAGUCGAUGCUGGAUUGCUCUUCUACAGAAAUGCUCGCGGUUGUGGCUGAAGAGCGGCCUACCGCUCGCCCGUUGGAGGACGUGGUGGUGGACGUGAGCCAACGCACGGCCGGCUUGCCCUGCACCGGUCCGGGAAACGAGCAAUGGUCCUUCGUCAUUCAUCCUGACGCACUCAUCAUUCAGCAAGCUGCUGAUUGGCGUGGCAGCAUGCUGUGGGGCAACGCACAGGCGCCCAUGCUUUGUGUGCCCCUGUGGCGUGUCAGCGCCCGGCCUUCUUCUGGCGAUGCCAACCUGCUGCGGCUCCGCAUUUGCCCUGGGCCGCAGCUUGUGAGGGCACGAGGUGCAUCUCCCGUGGCCAGCGACCGGCUUCUUUCCAUCCGAUUCGCCACCUCCGGUGAUCGUGGAAACGCGCUUUCACACCUGCGCGAGGGCCCGGGCCGCGGCGCUGAAACGCCUCCUGGGCCAGGCUGCCACCUUCGCGCGCUGCGCGGUGGACGAGGCCAAAGCCGACGUCACCCGGAUCCACAACCUGCUUCACCGUGCGCACCUUCGCCGGCAAGGCCGUCAUGAGGCCAAGCAGGAGCUUUCCCUCCGCGGAAUCUGCGGCAGCGGACCGCACUCUCCGUGACAAUGACUUG